AAUGUCUAUCAAUAAUUUCAAUCAUUCUUGUUUCGGCAUUACGCCGCCAUCUUUCUUUUCCUACAAGUCUAAUCGGCAGAAAGAUAAAAUAUGGGUUCCGUGAAACAAAGUAAAAAAACACGAAGUGGUCGGACGUCUUCAUCUGAAAGCGAAUCAGGACAAGAUGACGCUAUUGUAAGAGACGACGAGCUAGUGCAACAUUUAAUGCGAAGCAUGCACACUGAAAACAUAGCCGCACUUCCACCAAAUGUACGUCGGCGAAUCAAGGCGUUGAGGGCACUUCAAAAGGAGUUCAUUGAUAUAGAGGCUAAGUUUUACUCGGAGGUGCAUGAGCUCGAAUGUAAAUACGCAAAAUUGUACAAGCCACUAUUUGAUAAGCGUGCGCAAGUGGUCACUGGAGCCUAUGAGCCUACAGAUGAAGAGUGUCACAUACCCUGGCAAGAUGAUACAGAGGAGGCACUUGCUAAAGCAGUUGAGAGUGCGGGACUUGCUGAUAAGGACAAGAAUGCAGAGAACAAAACUGAAGAGCCUGCUAUGGACCCCAAUGUUAAGGGUAUCCCUGAAUUCUGGUUGACUAUUUUCAAGAAUGUAUCCAAGUUGUGUGAAAUGGUGCAAGAGCAUGAUGAACCAAUCCUUAAAUCUCUACAGGAUAUUAAGGUGCAAAUGCACGAUGACCCCCUGGGUUUCACGCUGGAGUUCCAUUUUGCGCCCAAUGAAUACUUCACAAACAACAUUCUCACAAAGCAGUACUCCUUGAAGUUCAAGCCCGAUGAUGAUAAUCCUCUGGACUUUGAGGGUCCCGAAAUCUACGCUUGCAAGGGUUGUGAAAUAGACUGGAAGAAGGGCAAGAAUGUGACAGUAAAGAUGAUCAAAAAGAAGCAGAAACACAAGUCACUGGGUUCCGUGCGCACCGUCACCAAGACUGUGCAGGCCGACUCUUUCUUCAACUUCUUCAAACCCCCGGCCAUGCCCGAGGACCCCAACUUAACACUUGCUUCAGAUACGCAGAUGCUGCUAGCGCUGGACUUCGAAGUGGGCCACUACAUCCGCGAGCGCGUGGUGUCGCGCGCCGUGCUGCUCUACACCGGCGAGGGGCUCGUCGACGACGACUACGAAGAGGAGGAGGAGGAGGAAGACGAAGAGAACAGCUCCUCGGAGGAGAGCGAGGGCGGGACCCCGCGCAACGUCGCGGACAACCCCGCCGAGUGCAAGCAGCAGUAGCCGUCGGGCCCUAGGGCCUCACCGACCCAAGUUCUCGGGGCCCUGAAGCAACCACCCCCUUCAGUUAAGCAAAAAGGGCACACUGUGUAUCACUAAGCCCCGCAUCCAAAGAAAUUUCGUAUUAUGUUACUGAUCAGUUAGUUACUCAUGUGAUGUGCUCUUUAUUUGUUUUAUGAUUUUAUUGGAGCAGUGGAAAUUGCAGUUCGUAAUCGGGUUAUAAAUUAACUGUGCGUGUCAGGAGUUAUUUCGAUCUGUUAGCAUUUCUGACAUACAGUUACUGUUCUUAGAUCUGCCAUCGUUUCACUGUCUGUCUAAAUCUAUUUAUGCAUAAAAAUUAUGUAUUACCUACCUGUAAUAAGAGAAGCACGGCUUGAGAUUUUGAGUUGCCAUUUCACAUUCUAUGUAAUAACGUUACAUAACUUACAUGUAAGGCGAAUUAGUUAAAUAAAUUGAUACGUUAUUUUUCAAAUUGUUUAUAUUUGCAGUAUUAUGGUUGAUGUAAUAUUUGUUUGAACCACUGCCUAAUGUUGUGUAGUCCCAAAAUAUAACCAUAAUUUAUAUAAUUAAAAUCUAUAGGCAUUCCUCCCCGUACUGUACAUACUAGUCUAGAAAUGUCCGCCUCUCAGUGAAUGUCUGUUUGGUUAACAAUUGGAGGUGCUUUUAGGCGUGAAUACGUUAACAUAAAAAAUGCGAUACCAAAAGUAAACAGGCAGGUUUGUUGUAAUGUUUUAUAAGAGUGGGUAAUAUUCCAUAAAGACGCGUGUAAAAGCUCAUAUUCCUUAAAUGGUAAAUUUAUAUGCUUUAGUCUGCCCUUAGUUAUUUUUUUAUUAU